AUGGUGUCGCGGGGGCUCUUCGGCUGGUCCCCGCCCCACGUCCAGCCGCUCACGCCCGUCUCCGAGACCUCCGAGCCGCCCGAGUCGCCCUCCCCCUACGCCGCCGACCUCGGCCUCGGAGGGGACGGCGCCCCGCCUCCCGACGACGACGCCCAACCGCCCCUCGACGAUGCCGACGACGAUCCCGACCCGCCGCCCGCCGCCGUCCCCUUCAAGCGCCUCUUCGCCUGCGCCGACCGCCUCGACUGGGUUCUCAUGGCCGCCGGCAGCCUCGCAGCCGCUUCCCACGGGGUCGCGCUCGUCGUCUACCUCCACCUCUUCGGGAGGGCCAUCAACUCGCUCCAUGGCCGACACACGCACGACCUCUUCCACAACAUCAACCAGCACGCCUUAUACUUCCUCUAUAUAGCCAUUGGCGUUUUCUUUGCUGGAUGGAUAGAGGUUUCAUGCUGGAUUUUGACUGGGGAAAGACAGACGGCAGUGAUUAGAUCCAAGUAUGUUCAAGUCCUGUUGAACCAAGACAUGAGUUUCUUUGAUACCUACGGCAACAACGGUGAUAUUGUCAGUCAAGUACUGAGUGAUGUCUUACUCAUUCAGUCUGCUCUAAGUGAGAAGGUUGGAAACUACAUUCACAACAUGGCUACAUUUUUUGGUGGUCUUGUCAUUGGUUUGGUCAACUGCUGGCAAAUAGCUUUAUUGACAUUAGCAACCGGACCCUUCAUUGUUGCUGCAGGAGGAAUAUCAAACAUAUUUCUCCACAGGCUUGCAGAAAAUAUUCAGGAUGCUUAUGGCGAGGCAGCAAGCAUUGCGGAACAGGCAAUCUUGUACAUUAGGACUUUGUACUCCUUCACAAAUGAGACCCUUGCAAAAUAUUCUUAUGCUACUUCACUUCAAGCAACAUUGCGCUAUGGAAUACUCAUAAGUUUGGUGCAAGGUCUUGGUCUUGGAUUUACAUAUGGGCUUGCCAUAUGUUCUUGUGCCUUACAACUUUGGGUUGGGAGGUUCCUUAUCUCACAUGGAAGAGCUAAUGGUGGUGAAGUUGUAGUAGCCCUGUUUGCUAUCAUCUUGAGUGGACUUGGACUUAAUCAAGCAGCAACAAACUUCUAUUCCUUUGAGCAAGGACGUAUUGCUGCGUACAGACUAUACGAAAUGAUCAGCCGUUCAACAUCUACUGUAAACCAGGAUGGCCGUACCUUAUCAUCAGUGCAAGGCAACAUCGAGUUCCGCAAUGUCUACUUCAGUUAUCUGUCCCGCCCAGAAAUCCCCAUCUUAAGUGGAUUCUACCUUACAGUACCUGCUAGAAAGACUGUUGCUCUAGUAGGAAGAAAUGGUUCAGGAAAAAGCAGCAUAAUUCCUCUAAUGGAACGCUUCUAUGACCCAACCUUAGGUGAAGUGCUUUUGGAUGGGGAGAAUAUCAAGAAUUUGAAGCUAGAGUGGUUAAGAAGCCAAAUUGGACUUGUGACUCAGGAACCAGCUUUGUUGAGCUUAAGCAUUAGGGAAAAUAUUGCAUACGGUAGAUCUGCCACAACUGACCAAAUUGAAGAGGCGGCCAAAACAGCUCAUGUGCAUGCUUUCAUCAGUUCACUAGAAACAGGAUAUGAAACACAGGUUGGUCGGGCUGGCCUUUCCCUGACAGAAGAACAAAAGAUAAAGCUUUCCAUUGCUCGUGCUGUGCUCUCAAAUCCAUCAAUUCUUCUACUGGAUGAGGUUACUGGUGCUCUUGAUUUCGAGGCUGAGAAAGCUGUUCAGGAAGCACUAGACAUUUUAAUGCUUGGGAGGUCUACCAUCAUCAUAGCUCGGCGCCUGAGUCUUAUCAGGAAUGCUGAUUAUAUAGCAGUAAUGGAGGAAGGUCAACUUGUUGAGAUGGGGACACAUGAAGAAUUGUUAAACCUUGAUGGUCUUUAUGCAGAACUUCUUAGGUGUGAAGAAGCAGCUAAACUUCCAAAGAGGACACCAAUCAGAAACUACAAAGAGCCGAGUUCCUUCCAAAUUGAAAGGGAUUCAUCAGCAAGUCACAGCUUUCAAGAGUCAUCUUCUCCAAACAUGUCAAAAUCGCCGUCACUUCAGAAAACACAUGGCUUUCUCACGUUCCGAAAUUCAGAUGCCAAUCAUAACUCACAUGAAUCACCAAAUAUUCAAAGCCCCCCUUCAGAGCAAAUGGCAGAAGCCAGACUUCCAAUGGUUGCUUCUGAGAGAGCUCCAUCCAUCAAAAGGCAGGACAGUUUUGAAAUGAAAUUGCCUGAUCUUCCCAAAAUUGAUGUCCCGCUGCACCGGCAGUCUUCAAAUACGUCAGACCCAGAAUCACCAAUAUCACCAUUAUUGACUUCUGAUCCCAAAAAUGAGCGGUCCCACUCGAAGACUUUCAGUCGCCCUCUUGAUAUCUUCGAUAGUUUCCAUGCUGAGGAUUCCAAGAAGCCGCAAACGAAAGCACCAUCUUUUUGGAGGCUUGCAGAGCUUAGUCUUGCAGAAUAUUUUUAUGCUCUGUUAGGAAGUGCUGGCGCUGCUUGCUUUGGUUCAUUUAAUCCUCUUCUUGCUUAUACGAUAUCUCUAAUAGUAGUGGCGUACUACAAAAUAGGUGUCCGUGAUGUACAUGAUGAAGUGAAUAAGUACUGCUCAUUCAUUGUUGGCAUGGGUAUAAUCACUGUACUAGCUAACUUCUUGCAGCACUUCUAUUUUGGUAUAAUGGGAGAGAAAAUGACUGAGCGUGUAAGAAGGAUGAUGUUUUCAGCAAUUCUGCGCAAUGAAGUUGGCUGGUUUGAUGAUGAAGACAAUAGUGCAGACAUAUUAUCAAUGAGACUUGCAAAUGAUGCAACAUUUGUUCGCGCUGCUUUCAGCAACAGGCUUUCUAUAUUCAUUCAGGACACAUCAGCCAUUUUUGUUGCACUUCUUCUUGGUAUGUUACUACAAUGGCGUGUUGCUCUUGUUGCACUGGCAACUUUGCCCAUCCUUAUCAUUUCUGCGGUUGCACAGAAAAUGUGGCUUUCUGGCUUUUCCAGGGGAAUCCAGGAGAUGCACAGGAAAGCUUCUUUGGUUCUUGAAGAUGCUGUGAGGAAUAUCUAUACUGUGGUGGCAUUCUGUGCUGGUAACAAAAUAAUGGAACUUUAUAGAUUGCAGCUUGGAGAUAUUCUGACGAAAAGCUUUAUUCAUGGAAUGGGCAUUGGUUUUGCCUUUGGCUUCUCUCAGUUCCUUCUUUUCGCAUGCAAUGCACUUCUGUUGUGGUAUACAGCCGCUGCUGUGAAGGAUGGACAUCUUAGUUUGGUAACUGCUCUCAAAGAAUAUAUUGUCUUCUCUUUUGCAACUUUUGCACUGGUGGAACCAUUUGGCCUUGCCCCUUAUAUUCUGAAACGCCGGAAAUCCCUGACCUCAGUAUUUGAGAUUAUUGAUCGUGUACCCAAGAUUGAUCCAGAUGAUGCCAGUGGCCUGAAACCCCCUAACGUGUAUGGGAGCAUUGAGUUCAGGAAUGUUGAUUUCUGCUAUCCUACGCGCCCUGAGAUGACAGUUUUGAGUAAUUUUAGCCUCAGAGUCAAUGGAGGACAAACUGUUGCCGUGGUAGGUGUAUCAGGGUCUGGGAAGAGCACGAUAGUUUCUUUGAUCGAGAGGUUCUAUGAUCCAACUGCUGGGCAAGUUUUGUUGGAUGGCCGUGAUUUGAAGUUGUUCAACUUGAGAUGGCUGCGGAGUCACAUGGGGCUGGUUCCUCAGGACCCUGUUAUAUUUUCGACAACCAUAAGAGAAAACAUAAUAUAUGCAAGGCACAAUGCAACCGAAUCUGAGAUGAAAGAAGCUGCCAGAAUCGCGAAUGCCCAUCACUUCAUUAGCAGCCUGCCUCAUGGUUAUGACACACAUGUGGGAAUGCGCGGGGUGGACUUGACUCCUGGGCAGAAGCAGCGGAUUGCCAUUGCUCGUGUGGUGUUGAAGAAUGCACCCAUUUUACUGCUUGAUGAGGCCAGCUCUGCUAUUGAAUCUGAGUCGAGUAGAGUGGUCCAGGAAGCCCUUGACACCUUGAUCAUGGGGAACAAGACAACGGUUCUCAUCGCACACAGGGCGGCGAUGAUGAAACAUGUGGAUAACAUUGUCGUGUUGAAUGGUGGUAGGAUCGUCGAGCAGGGCUCUCAUGAUUCACUGGUGCAGUUGAAUGGUUUGUAUGUGAAGUUGAUGCAGCCUCACUUCAGCAAAGGGUUCCGUCAGCGUAGACUAAUAUAG